UACACAGACCGCUAUUGGCGUGACCAACGGACCAGAUCCCAGCCUUCCCCGAGGCCCAUCGCGCCACCUCGUAGAUGUCAAUAGUGCGAAGGGGAACACGCUUCUCGAAGUCAAAAGCGAAAGCCUGCAGUACAAGUACUCGAGCUAGUAGUUCAGGUUCACUUCACCGUUAGCCCAAAUCUCGCAGCUCCCAUGGCAUUCCCCCACCAACAACUCCUCCUCCCCCUGCUGCUGCUGCUGCUCCUCGUCUUCUCGCCGUCGCCGCGGCCGGCCGCCGCGCAGCCGCCGCCGCCGCUGGUGCAGCAGUUCUACUACUACUCUCCUCCCCCGCCGUCGCCGUCGGCGCGCCUCACCGCGCCCCCGCCGCCGUGCAAUUGCGAGAAGACGCCGCCGCCGCCGCCGGCCGCGGGGAUCUACACCCCCGUGCCGCCCGGGCACUACGGGUUCUUGUCUGCCGGGGCCCAGGCGCCGGCCGGAGGACAGCUCCUUCCGCGGCUGAUUUGCGCUGCUGCCACUGCUGCACUUCUUGUAUUCUGUUGUUAAUCUCACUCGCUGCUGUCACUGUGGCACUAGCUGUGAUUCGUAUGGAUUUGUAAGUGACUGGAGAAUUUCAUCCAAAUCCUGCGAGGAUUAUAGUGUUUACUCUAAUAUCCGUGCAUUCUGUGCACCAAGAAAUUUAUUAGCUUGCCGUAUUUGUUGUUGCUAUUCAGAUUUUACUAGUAGUUGAAAAAUUAUGUGUGUACGCUGGUA